CAAUUGAAAAACGCCGUCGAUUCACAGAAAAUACAAGCUGCCGGAUAUUUUUGUCGAGUUGUCACAUAAAACAUUUUAUUUAAGAAUCUUCAUUUAAAAUGGCCACAAAAACAAAGAAGGAAGAAAAACCACCAAAGGAGAAACAAAUCAUCGAAGGGGUGGUUAAAAUCAACAAAUGGGAUGGUUCCGCUGUUAAACAUGCUCUCGAUGAUUCCGUGAAGAAUGCUCUCCUGGAUCGACCAAACUUCAAGGAACAAUUUGGUCUCAUCAACACUCGUCUGCUGAUUUGUGGCCUUGCUGUUGGUGUUGCCCUCCUCGCCCAUGGCUGGGACUACGCACAUCCUUUCCCCGAAUCAAAACCUGUCCUCAUGUUCAGUGUUUUGUCAUACUUCUUGCUCAUGGGAGUAUUGACUUUGCACACAACUUACCGCGAAAAGGGAACCUUUGCGGUUGCGGUUCAGAAAGAUGGCAAUGGUGGAACCAAGACAUGGGAAGCUAGUUCGGAUAUGAAAAGGUACGAUGAUAAGUACAUGUUGGUGUUGUCUGUUAAGGAUUCCAAGGCACUGAGAGAAGCAACAACAGUUAAGUCAUGUGCCAACUUCAUUGACACAAAUGGAGUCAUUGUGGACAGUUUGGUGGCCAACGAACUGAAUCGGUUGUUCCAUUCAUUGAGUGCCGAAAAGAAGGAGAAGUAGCUUAUGGGAGUUAUUCAGAUAGUUUAACAAAAAUGUAUAAAUGCAAAAUAAGUAUUGAUUUGCAAUUUCCAAACAAACAAACAAAAAUCAAGAUAAAUAAUAAAAUUUGAAAACAUUCUUUAAAA